AUGAGCCUCAGACUUAAGGUCACCUCCUCCUGUCCCGGCACCAGCCCCCUCUGGGUCCUACAGGGGCUGAUACUGCUAUCCCUGCUCCUGACGCUGGUUCCCUGGACUGCUGGAAAAACUCCCAGUGUGGACAAGAAGCGGUUCGUUGAACUUCGCUGCAUGUGCUUAAAUACCGUCUCUGGCAUUCAUCCAAGUAACAUCCAAAAUUUAGAGGUGCUCAGAGCAGGACCCCAUUGUGCCAACGUCGAAGUGAUAGCCACACUGAGGAAUGGGAAGAAAAUCUGCUUGGACCCAGAAGCUCCCAAAAUCAAGAAAAUAGUCCAGAAAAUUUUGGAAAGCAGUGGGUCAACAGCUUAA